GACGGGCAUGGGCAUCCUUGGCUUGGGGGGCAAGGGAUUUCGACAACGCGGCAACGAAGGCGGCGAAGGAAUCGGCCGGUCCACCGGAGACUCCCACCAGCCAGUCUGCCACUAGCCGGUCGCCGCGGCCGUGCUCGCUUGUGUCGUCGUCGUCGUCGCCCGUCGGUCGUCGCUGGGGCUGAAUCGUGUCAAGGCGAGAGACAGCGAGCGCAGAGCCUCGCCGCCGCGCUCGGGAGCAAUGGCCUCUCGCGCGGGCGGGCGAAGGCGGAGCCGUCGGCCGGUGGCGGCGGGAGCUCGUGGCCGUGGUCAGAUUCGAGUAGCAGUCUGUCGUUGGAAGGGGAAUUUGGCGCCUGGCGGCCGAGCAGCUGUUGCGGGGCCCGACAGGAACCAGCGUCGCAGCAAAAGGUGAUGCUUCAUCUUGUUCGGCAGUGUGCAUUUGAGAUCCCUGCGAAACACCAAAGGAACCCGAGUCUCUUCACUUUGAAACCAAAAUGCAGGCUCCCAGUGCGCCAGGAAAUGGAGCCCCUGCAGGCUAUCAGGCUACCGGACACUGGUCUGAUGAGUCGGACCAGCCAAAUGUUUGCGAAGAGCGUUCAAUAAGGUGCCGCCUAUGCGAAGAGUAUGUCCCUACACAUUGGGUGAAGGAUCACUCAAAGGUUUGUGCAGUUGCUGAUAGGUGCGACCAGAAAGGUUUUAGCAUGGAUGAGCGUCUAAUAAGAGUUGCAGAAACACUAGAAAAACUGGUAGAGUCGUAUUCGCUGGCCGACUAUCCAGGCGCUGUUAGCCACAAUGGUGCAAAAGUUUCAAAUUCAAGCAUCAAUGAAGAGUCCAAUGGCCAGUCCUCAAAAUUAUCCGAUUGGUCUACCAGAGGAUCUGCUAAUAUGCCUGACUGUAUCCAAGAGACUGAUAACACUACUUCUACUUCGUACGAUGACAUAAUAAAUCUUCCUCCAGUGACAUGUGAGACUCCUAGAUCAUCUGCCGGAAGUAUGACUCCUAGAUCUCCACUGAUAACUCCAAGGUCGAAUCACAUUGACAUGCUUUCAGCUGAAAAAAGUGCAAAUAAUGAGAACGAUGAGCUUCUGCAGGUACUUAGAAAGGCGGAUAUAGUCCAGAAAAUUUUUGCUGAGAGUAUAUUGACGGAACGUGAUAUUUUGAUUACAGUCCGAAAUCCUUUCGUGGUGCGCUUCUUCUAUUCUUUUACUUCUCGGGAAAAUUUGUAUCUGGUCAUGGAAUACCUAAAUGGAGGGAACCUAUACUCAUUACUGAGAAAUCAUGGUUGCUUGGAUGAAGAGGUUGCUCGGCUGUAUCUCGCAGAAGUUGUGCUAGGUUUGGAAUAUUUGCACUUUUUACACAUAGUUCAUAGAGAUCUAAAACCUGACAACUUGUUUAUAGCCCAUGACGGGCAUAUCAAGUUGACAGAAUUUGGGCUGUCGAAAGUUGGUCUGAUAGACAGCACAAAGGAUAUGCCUGAUACUGUUGUUAGCGGAGCUGCAUUGUACCAAUAUGGUGACCUGAUGAGUGAACUCAAGCACCCAACCUGUAUAAGGAAACGUUCUGCUGCUGGAACCCCUGGUUAUUUAGCACCAGAACUUCUUUUGGGAACAGGAUGUGGUACUAGUGCAGAUUGGUGGUCUGUUGGUGUAAUUCUGUUUGAGCUAAUUGUUGGCAUGCCUGCGUUCAAUGCAGAACAUCCCCAAGCAAUUUUCGACAAUAUUUUGAAUCGCAAAAUACAUUGGCCAGUUGUCCCAGAGAAGAUGAGUUUCGAAGCACAAGAUUUAAUUGACAAAUUAUUAACAGAAGAUCCUCAUCAACGGCUAGGAGCAAAUGGUGCCUUGGAGGUUAAACAACAUCCUUUCUUUAAAGGCAUUAGCUGGGAUACCCUUGCUUGGCAGAAGGCUGCCUUUGUCCCAUCCUCAGAUAGUGCAUUUGAUGCCAGCUGUUUCACCAGUCGUUGUUCUUGGAAUCUGUCAGAUGAAACCAUAUAUAAAACAUAUGACUUUGAGGAUUCCAGUGAUAACCGAAAUAGAAGCAGUAGCUGUGCAAGCAAGCGCCAAGAUGGCACGGGAGAUUGUUGCUGUGAGCUUAGUGAGCUUGAAUCUGACUCAGAAGUCAGUUAUUAUUUCAGAAACUUCUCAUUCAAGAAUCUAUCACAGCUUGCCUCCAUCAAUUAUGAUUUGCUCACUAAAGAGGAUGGUCCUGCGAAAUCUGAUACAUAGCUAUCGAUCUAAAUCUCGGUUCAUCCAUUCCAAGUAAUAGAAAAGUUUACAAGGUGAUUUCGUGUCAUUCAAAUUAUGUACAUCCAAGUGUAUUUUUUUUAGAAAAAGGGAGAUGUUAAAGUGUAUUCCCCUCAGUAAUAUUCCAAGAGGAUGCUGCACCGUUUUGGCAAUUUCUCUCUUUUAUUUAGUAUAAUGUGGUCUCAUCAAGUAGUAAUUGCUGAUGUUGAAGACAAAUGUGACGUACGCCUGGUCUGUUUCCUGUUGAGGAUGUUCCUACAUAUAGUGGAUCCGAGAACAGUUUUUCUUU